AUGUCUACCCAACUCCGUCGUGACCUCGCCCCAGACGUGAAGAAGCGUCUCCUCGCGUUCGGCUUGACCGGCGAUAUUGAGAUCAAGCUCAGUCUUGCCAUCAACGUCAAACAUCUUGUUGAAGCCGACCUUGCCGAAGCUGCAACAUCCUCCUGCUGGAGGUGGAUCAGAUACGUAUACCUUGUUUCGGGCUCGCCAUACCUACCUACUCCGUACAUCAUGUACGAGUUCUUCUUUUUAGAAUAA